AAGAGAAUCAGCUGAUCGGUUUAGUAAAUUUUUUCUCUUUUCUCUCAUUUCUUUUUCUCAAAAAAUUAACUAAUUGUUUCUUCUAAUUGUUGAAUGGAACCUCAAUUUACUUUGGACAAAUUAAAGAUCAGCCAACAAUGGGCCUUGCAAAUGGCAAAAACUAAAUUAGCCUCAUAUGAUAAUAUAAUCAACGAAUAUGAAUCAUUAAAAGGUAACAUGGAAAUGCUGGUUAAAAAGGUUAAUCAUCCAAUUAUGGUUCCAAUUUGUCACAAUAUGAGAAAGGAAGACGCUCCAUUGGCCUUUAUGCCAGGAAAUCUUGACCACACUAAUCAGGUGAUGGUUUCAUUGGGUGACAAUUGGUUUGCUGACCGGUCGGUUUCUCAGGCCGUUGAAAUUGCCGAAAGAAGAAUUAAGUUUGUCAAAGAGAGAAAAGUCGAAACCGAAAAGGAAAUCGAAUCAAUUAACAAUUGGUUCAAAUUCACCUCACAAUUAGCAGAGGAAUCGAAAGACUUGGUUGAAAUAAUGGAGGAAUAUGAUGAAGAAGCUGAAGCAAAAUGGAGGGAAGAACAUAAAAGAAAAGUUAAAUUGCACAAGGAGCGGGAGAAAUUAAUGAGACAACAAGAGUAAUUAACGAUAAUUAUGGUGAUUAUUUGUUAAUUUAUUUUCCAACAUUUUCUAUUUACAAACAUAAGUUGAUUUAACGAAAGCAAAUUGAUUUAUGUAAGUGAAAAGCUUCAAAUGAAAACGCUAAAAAAAAAGGUCAAACAAAAUGGCCGACAAAUUUUUACCUGUUGGUCUAAUGAACAAUUAAAAUACAUUAUUGAAAUUUAUAUAAAUAUUUA